AAAAAUGUAUUGCUUGAUAAGAUGAAAUCAUUUCCUGGUGGAAAGUGCAAUGUCUCUAAAAUUGGUACUAUCCUGGAAAACAUGGGUUAUGAGCUGGAAGAUGAGGAAAUUGAAGACCUGCAGAACCACCUGCCAACAACUGAUGAAAAGAAGGUUAAACUGAAUAAGGUCAUGGAAAAUGUAGAGUCAUUUACAGGAACCAAGAUUAAUGCUAAUGAAGUAGAUGAUAUUUUGAAAAACAUGGGGAUAGAACUCACACCUAAGGAACGCUGGAAGCUACUAAAAACUCUGCCAAUUACUUCGGAUGGAAAGGUGUAUCGCAAUCUGUUACUAGAUCGUUUAAAGACUUUCCAAGGAGGGAAGGUCUUUGAAAAUAAACUAGAAACCAUUCUGGAAAAUAUGGACUACAAACUUGGAAAAGAAGAAAUGAAAGAUCUGCGGGACCAUUUGAAAUUUGAUGAGAAUGGAAAGGUUUUAUUGAAUUCUAUGAUCAGGGCAGCCAGUUUAUUUUCUGGUGGUAAAAUUAAUGCCUGUGACACACAACUUUAUCUAGGAAAUGUAGGUAUUGAAUUUACAAAUAAAGAAAACCAAGAUCUACUGGACAUAGUACCAUUGGAUGGUAAGCAUUUCAGACCAUGCAGUCAAUUUCACAGAAUCCUGGGUUUACAGGUUGUACACAUAACAUUCUAGAAGUAUAAUUGUUUAAAGCCCUAUUCAAAAUUAAGAGAAAAUUAAGCAUAGGAAGAGCCAAUUCUAAUAUAAAAAUACUGUCCUUACCAUUUAUGUCUUAAUUUGUGAGAUAAUGUCUUCUUUGGGGUAUUGCUGCUAUGGGAUAAACAAUUCUAAAUGUGAGACUCAGCAUCUAUAACAAGACUAAAGCUAAAGAUAGGAAAAUAUGAUAAAAGAAUUAUAGAAAGGAAGGAAGGUGGACCUCAGAAAAAAAGGAAAGAAAAAAAUCUAUUUCAACAUGUUAGAGUUCCACUAAUAGCACACCAAAUG